AUGAAGAAUCCUCUUUUACAGCAGAUCAUUGACCUUACGAGCAGCUUCAAGCCAGAGACAUUGGUCGUUGCUGAGCAGGUUGACAUGGUGUUUGCUCACAGUCUACCUGAACUGGUGAAGACUUGCCAGCAGUUUGGUAAGGUGUACUGUCAUCCAGUGUGCCCUGAGAAGUGUCGAGCCUCAGGUGAAGGCAUCAAAGUUGCCACGAUGUAG